AUGGGACAAGGUUACUCCCUCACAACCCUGUCUGCAGGGUCGGCAGGGAUCGAUGUGCCGGAGCUGUCAGAUUUGGUGUAUGAGAAGUCAAUGGGUGGGGGCAGAUUCAUGAAGAGCAUCCGUGCUAGACAACAGAACGGCCUGGUAUUUGUGAAAGUGAUCAUGAAGCCUUAUCCGACCAUGGAGCUCGAGCCAUAUGUCAAGGAAAUUAUACGGGAACGCAAGCUCUUGUCUGAUGUGCCUAACGCAUUGAGCUAUGAGAGAAUUCUGGAAACCAGUACCAGUGGAUAUCUCGUACGACAAUACAUUCAUAGUUCUUUGUACGAUCGAAUGAGCACACGUCCAUUUCUCGAGGAUAUUGAGAAAAAGUGGAUCGCGUUCCAGCUUCUGGGCGCCCUGCGAGAUUGUCAUUCUCUGGAUGUCUUUCACGGCGACAUAAAGACGGAGAAUGUUCUCGUCACAUCAUGGAACUGGCUUUAUUUGUCCGAUUUCUCUUCUUCAUUCAAACCUACGUUCCUGCCUGAGGACAACCCCGCAGACUUUUCCUUUUACUUCGAUAUUGCAGGUCGAAGAACUUGCUACUUAGCACCAGAGCGAUUUUUAGUCGCUGGUGAAGAGCCCGGCAACCGCCAUGUGAAUUGGGCCAUGGAUAUCUUCAGUGCCGGAUGCGUCAUUGCUGAACUCUUUCUCGAAGCACCAAUAUUCACUCUCAGUCAAAUGUACAAAUAUCGAAAGGGCGAAUACAGCCCAGAGCAUGGCCAGCUUGCUAAAAUUGAGGAUCCCGAAAUUCGGGAACUAAUUUUGCACAUGAUUCAACUGGAACCCGAAUCUCGUUAUUCUGCAGACGAGUACUUGAAUUUCUGGAAGAACAAAGCGUUCCCAGAGUACUUUUACAACUUCCUCCAUCAAUAUAUGUCCCUCAUGACAGAUCCAUCUUCUGGAAGAACGAAAGUGGAUGCGGAGACGGCCAACAGAGGUGAGACCGACGAUAGGAUAGAGCGAGUUUGUCUGGAUUUUGACAAGAUAUCAUAUUUCCUGGGCUCCUCGUCCCGAGGACCGCAUGGCGCAACCGGCCAGAGUUUAUCACGGCUCACGGGCGACAUCCUCCCUGUAAAGCUUGAUCUACCGGACGGUGGGAACAACCAAAUAUCUGGGACACAGUCGGAUGAGGGCGUUUUGAUAUUUCUGACUCUUGUGGUUUCCAACCUUCGGACUACGUCUAAAGCUUCAGCUCGAAUCAAAGCUUGCGAUAUCCUUCUGGCGUUUGCAGAAAGAUUGUCCGACGAAGCCAAACUUGACCGUGUCCUGCCAUACAUCAUGAUUCUCCUGGCCGACCGGACAGACUCCGUGAAGGUUGCGGCGAUCCGCACCUUGACACAGUUAUUGGAAAUGGUGCAUGUGGUAUCUCCAGUAAACGCAUAUCUCUUCCCUGAAUACAUUUUCCCACGACUCCAGCAUUUCGUGAUUUCUUCCAAGAGCAACCCAAGUGCGAUGGUUCGUGCUGCAUACGCCUCGUGUAUCGCAUCAUUAGCGCAGUCAUCUUUGAGGUUUUUGGACAUGAUUCAGGCGCUGCGCUCUGAUACUCGCUUGACCGCACUAAUCCCGGUCGGCUUUGAGCCGCGAUGGACCGAGGAUGCCACAUACCACAACCUAUACGAUGUGGCUCGAAUCGAUCUUCUGGAAUACUUUGAGAUCCACACCAAAGCGCUCUUAACUGAUACAGAUGCCUCGGUCCGGCGAGCAUUUUUGGGUUCUGUAUCUAGACUAUGUGUCUUCUUCGGGAAUCUAAAGGCAAACGAGGUUGUGCUCAGUCAUUUGAACACAUACCUUAAUGAUAGGGAUUGGAUCCUAAAGUGCGCCUUUUUUGAGGCUGUUGUCGGUGUCGCUGCGUAUGUGGGAAGCACCAGCUUAGAGCAGUACAUUCUGCCAUUGAUGAUUCAGUCUAUGACAGAACCCGAGGAGUUUGUGGUGGAAAAGGUUAUACGGUGCCUAGCCGCUAUGGCCGACCUGGGGUUAUUCCAGCGAUCUACGACAUGGGAUCUGCUCCAUAUUACCAUUGGGUUCCUGGUCCACCCCAACAUCUGGAUCCGGGAGGCCGCGGUGAACCUGGUAGUCAAGUCAACCAAGUUUUUAGCUGUGGCUGACAUCUACUCUAUCAUGACUCCUCUGAUACGACCCUUUCUCAAAGUCAAAAUCGUUGGGUUUACUGAAGUUGAAAUCCUCGAUGUUCUAAAGCGCCCAAUGUCAAGAAGUGUGUACGAAAUGGCUUUCCAAUGGGCUUCUAAAUCAGACAAAGGCGUCUUCUGGAAGUCAGCGAGCCGCGAUGGAGCAUUCAGUCUCUCCGACCCUGGCACACAUGGAUUCCGAGCUGGUCGCUCCUUUUCAUUGGAUGCACAGUCAAAGAACGAAGAAGACGAACAGUGGCUUGCUAGGCUGCGGAAUCUCGGAAUGGGCCCGGAGGAUGAAUUCAAGCUCAUUGCGCUCAAGGAUUAUAUCUGGAGGGUUUCGCUGAGGCAAGCAAGAGACCUCGACACCCAACCUAGUCCACCAUGGAACGAUAUAAUCAGCUUGACCCACCAUGGUCUCACACCCCAAACCGUUUUCUUUGACAAAAAUCUCAACGACAAGCCUCAAAAUACAUCUGGAGAUCGCACCGAAAGCCCAAGGCCGGAGGAGACGAGGCCGCGAACUAUUGCUGAUGCAUUGCUUGAUGCCUCCACGACUAUUGAGCGGGCGCCCCAUUCUCAUCACAAGCAUAUACGAUCAAGGAGCCAGCUACACAAAGAGAUCGAUAUCACACGCCCAGGCCGCCCGAGAGACAUCGCCGUAGAUUCCUCCUCCUCUUCUCCGGCGGCUUCAUCUCCUGCCGGUGGCCCUGGAUCUCGACCCUUGUCUUCGCCAGCCUCAGAUAUGCCUAUUCGUACUCGGCGAUUGAGUCCCGGUCAGGAGAGUUCAUCGACAACACCUACCAACACAGAUACCAUGUCUCUCAGAGGUGAUCGAGUUCAAAAGAAAUCCAGCGCAAUCAACCUUCUCGGACGUAAUGAGACCACCAAGACAAAUGCGGAAACAAGCACAAACUCUGCGAACGCAUUUGGGAAGGUUGAUGCCUCUGUCCACAGAGCGGGCACCCCUCAGCCCUCAGGCCUCACUCAAGCAUAUGAACGCAUGCCUGUUCAGGCAGCAGCUCGGCGGUAUCGCGCGAACCACUCAUAUGCAGGCGAUGAUCCGACAGUUUUGCGACUGUUGGACAAUGUGUUUGCUGAUAACUACCCCACUGAUUUGUUUGACUUGGGUCCAUAUGUCAAAGAGUUGGAUGUGCGACAACCAAUCCGCAAAGCCAAUACUCACGAUUCUACUAAAAUCUGGAGGCCCGAUGGAAAUUUGGUAGCAACAUUUGGCGAGCAUAGCGGGCCGGUAAAUCGCAUCGCCAUACCACCUGACCAUUCUUUCUUUGUCACUGCAUCCGAUGACAGUACAGUCAAAAUCUGGGACACGACGCGCUUAGAGAGAAACUUGACCCCUCGCUCUCGCCAGACCCAUCGUCAUGCGACCGGAGCACGAGUCCAGGCCUUGACCUUUGUGGAAAACACAUACACCUUCGUGAGUGGGGCUACAGAUGGAAGUAUCCAUGCAGUUCGGGUUGAUUAUCAUAAAGUCAACGAGACUGCGCGAUAUGGGAAGCUUCAAGUUGUUCGCGAAUAUCAAUUGCCCCCUAUGGAGAAUGGCGCACCGGAGUAUGCUGUCUGGAUGGAACAUUUUAGGGACGAAGGCCAAUCAACUCUUCUUGUUGCCACCAAUGCUUGUCGAAUUCUUGCAUUAGACAUGAAAACCAUGUUACCGGUAUACACCCUGGAGAAUCCCGUGCACCACGGAACUCCGACCACAUUUUGUUGUGAUCGUCGGCACACUUGGCUCCUGGUGGGCACGACUCAUGGUAUCUUGGAUCUGUGGGACCUUCGGUUCCGAGUGCGACUCAAGGCAUGGGGUCUCCCCGGAUGGGGAUCGAUUCAACGAAUCCAAUUGCACCCCACGAAACCUCGUGGACGUUGGGUCUGCGUAUCUAGCAGCGGCAGCCACGGCAAUGAAAUCACAGUGUGGGAUAUUGAGCGAUUCCGAUGCCGCGAGGUCUACCAGGCGACGCCGCUAGAUACGCAUGAAAACAACCCCAGUGGUCCUAACCGUGGCUCCCGUCCCGCCAACAGCCCCCGUGGGCACCGCACCAUGGCUCGAGACUUUGAAGCAUGGCCCGUGGACGAAGACCGACCGGAAGGAAUGCUCAGUCGGUUUGCUACGGCCAGCCCUGCAGCGGCGGGCAUGUCACCGACCACUGGGGAAAAUGGGUCCGCUUCGCCACCCAACACGCCGUCCGGAGACCGACUUGGAACGUGGGCAUUCACUGUGGGUCUGAACGCGCCCGAUGACGAGAAAGCGUCGUCUAGCAGCCGGUGCGGGUUCAUCGUGUCUGCGGGGUGCGACCGGAAAAUUCGUUUCUGGGACCUUGCCCGACCGGAAUUGUCGAUGAUAGUUAGCGGGAUGGAUUCCGUGUCGGAGGGCGCUAACGCUGGCAAACCGCGCUAUGAUCUAUCCCAGCCUGGGCCCAAUCUGUUGGUUACGACCGAGCACCUGCCCAAUGCGCCGGGUAGCGGGCAGGCAGCAGGAGGGGGAUCUCGGAAGGCCAGUUCACGGCCUCCCCGCAGUACGGUGAUCAGUCUCCAGCAGCAGAUGCUUUUGAAAAGCCAUCUGGAUAUUAUUCAAGAUGUUGCCGUGUUGCGACAACCGUACGGGAUGAUUGUUAGUGUUGAUCGGGCGGGUAUGAUCUAUAUCUUCCGAUGA